AUGGCUGACAAUUCAAAACAAAGUUUUCUUAAUAGUCUUUUUCAAUGGACAGUUAAGAGUACUGCACAAGAAGCAGCAUCAACAACAUCUAGUGAUGUUGAACCUAUGAAUGAAGAGAAAAAACAAUGGUUAGAUGCAGCUUUAGAAAAUCUAACAGUUAAUCCAGUUGAACGAAUUAAAUUAUGUAUAAAUAAAAUAAAAGAUAGUCAAAUAAAUGAUGAACAAAAAAAAGAAUUUCUCGAUGAACUUUGUCAUUGGACAGAAGAACUUGAUUUAGCAAAAGAUUUUUUUACUGUUGGUGGUCUUGAUAUUUUAUUACCAUUAUUAGAUCAUAAUAAUGAUAAUAUUCGUAUUCAAACAUGUUCAUUACUUGCUACUCUUGUUCAAAAUAAUGAACAUUGUCAAAGAAUUAUUGUUCAAUCUGGUUUACAACAAAAAUUAUUACAAAUUCUUAGUGAAUCAAAUAGUCCAGAUUUAAAAACAAAAGCUGUUACAGCUAUAUCAGCCUUAAUUCGAGGUUAUACACUUGGUCAACUUCAAUUACAAAAAUAUCAAGGUCCAAAAAUAUUAAUUCAAGCUAUGUCAUCACCUAUUCCACGUUUACAAAAUAAAUUAUGUUUUCUUAUUAAUACGAUUUGUUCAACAAGUGCACAUAUGAAAAAAUUAUUUUAUGAAAAUGGUGCAUUAUUAGAAUUAAUACGUUUAUUUAAUAAUGAAGCAUGUCCUGAUCAUCAACAUACACUUGAAACUAUUUUAACAAUAUCAAGUAUAAAACCAAAUGCAAUGUUUACAUUUGCUCAAAGUAAUUCAUCAUUAAUUGACGAAUUUCAACAAAAACUUAAUACACGAUAUCAAGAUAUUCAAAAUUCUGAAGAUUAUAAAGAUGAAAUUAAUUUAAUUAAUCAAAUACGAACAUUACUGACAUCAUCUUCUGCAGAACAUGAUCAAGUACCAGAAGCAAAAGCAGAUCAACAAAUACUUGCAACAUCUUGA